AUGUCGAAAGUUGGUGAAUCUGUCAGCCAGAUCGCUGAGAACCCUUCUGGCAAUGCCGUCACCAAGGCUGUCGGCUCCCACAACAAGGCCGCCGAUUUCGACCGCAAGAUGCGCUUCUUUGGUGUCAUCCAGGCCUUCCGCGAGGGUCGCUACCCCGACAACCAGCAGAUCGAUGACACGCUGAAGUACACGCUCGCCAACAGCCCCGUCGAGACCAGCAAGCUCUCGCCCGACGGCAAGAAGCUCAUCCAGGACGUUCGCGAGCUCAUCGAGACCGCCCGCCAGGUUGUCGUCAACAAGAACGGCGGCGAGGAGUUCCAGAACUUCCUCUACGCUACCCGCAAGGCCGAUAUCGCCCGCAACAUUGACGUCAAGUCGCCCCUGUCGGGUGCCGAUGCCAAGAAGGACGGUGAGACCGCCGGCGAGGCCUUCCGCACCCUCCUUACCCUCUUCCUGCGCAACGGCGAGCUUCGCAAGAUCGUCCAGGACUUUGGCUACAUCGGCCGCGACAUGUUUGCCGAUGGUGCCGCCAAGGCCGCCGAGGCUGCCCGCCCCGGCGAGGAGCAGCUCAGCAGCGUCGACCGCCCUGCGCCCGACAACGAGUUCCACGACGACAUCCCCAACGCUCUCCGCAAGAAGGACGAGGCCAAGGCUGAAGCCCAGGACAAGGCCGAACAGGCCAAGUCCGAGGCCGCUUCCCACGCCCAGGACUUCCAGAACGCCGUCGACCCCAACGCCAGCCGCGAACAGAACCAGGCUGCCGCUGCCGACGUUGCCAGGGAGAAGGCCCAAGCGCUCAAGGACCGCAUCCCCCAGAAGCACAAGGAUCUCGCCAAGGAGCACUCGGAGAAGGCCCAGGACUACCUCAAGGAGAAGUUCCCCAAGGAGCGCCGCGACCAGUUCUACUACCGUCUCAAGAAGAUCGUCGUCGAGUGCCAGCGCCACAAGGACUACCAAGAUGCGAUCGACUACUUCCUCACCUUCUUCGAGCAGUACAAGGGCCAUGCCUCGCACGUCGUCAACCAGUCGGCCCAGAGCGCCCAGAACGUGCGCUCCGAGGGCAAUGUCGCCACUGCCGAGACCACCUUCCGUCGCCUCAUCGAGCGCUUCGCCAACGGUGCCUCGACCCAGCCCAUCGUUGACGCCGUCGACCAGAUCUACACCGAUGUUGCCAACGACCCCGAGCUCAAGCAGUGGUUCAGCCAUCUCGACACCUACGUCCGCAAGUGUCUGCAGGAGCCUGGUUACAUCAUGAAGGACGAGGCCAACACGCAGGCUCGUCAGCUCACCGAAUCUGGCAAGAAGUUCUUUGUCGCUGCCGACGGCCGCAGCCAGGGCAAGUACGUGCCGCACAAGGACAACCUCUUCCGCGAGAUCACCAACUUUGCCAAGGCCAUGAACGACGACCCGCUCAACCGCAAGCUCGGCGACAACAUCCAGCAGCUCACCAAGGACCUCUUCCUCAACUCCGAGGGCGGCCUCACGUUCAAGCCCCACCUCUGGAGCGACAUCCGCGACCCCAUCCUGCCCGAGCUGCUCAGCCACGUCGGCCUGGUGCCCCUGCCCCGUAUUGAGUACACGGACAAGCAGGUCGACCUGGUCAUUGAGAACUUGGCCAUCGACUUGCUCAACAUUCUGCCCUCGCAGACCGAGAUGGACAUCCGCAACCACUUCAAGCUCUCGCAGUUCGCCCAGCUCGGUGACAAGCACCAGCACUCAUUCAAGCUGACGCUGCACCAGAUCCAGACCGACAUGCGCGACGUGCACUUCUUCUUCAAGAAGAAGCUCGGCUUCCCCAAGCUCAACGAGCGCGGUACCGCCGACGUCUUCCUCGGCGGCAAGGGCCUCACCGUCACGGUGCACCUCGAGGCCGAGAACGCCCCUCGUGGCAAGAAGAGCCGCCACAUCUUUACGGUCAAGCAGGUGGUCGCCAAGGUGGACAAGCUCAAGUUUGCCAUCCGCGACAGCAAGCACGACACGCUCAUCAAGGUGCUGCGCCCGCUGGCCACCGGCAUCAUCAAGAAGUCGAUCUCCAAGGCUGCCGAGCAGGGCAUCCGCAACGGCCUCGAAGACCUCGACCGCCAGCUGGUGGAGCUGCGCGACCGCAUCGAGCGCAACAAGGAGAUUGAGGGCAAGGGUGUUGGCGACGCCUUCAAGGAGACGUUCAGCAAGGAGAAGGACAGCGACUCCAAGAAGCAGAACGACGGCACCUUCAAGCUGGCCACGUCGAAGCGCAACUCGAUCCUGCCCAACCUGGGCCACCCCGAUGGCUGGAUCCAGAAGAUCGACGAGCGCGACGCGGCUGCCAAGGCCGCGCCCGCCCACGUCAACAAGGACUGGUACUCGCCUGCCUUCUCGAUCGUCCAGCCUGGCCAGAAGGACCCUCGCAACACUGUCUCGUCCAAGACGCAGAACCUCGGACCUUCGCCCACUAACGCUGGCGUGGGUGCUGCUGGCGCUGCCGGUGCUGCUGGUGCCGCUGGUGCCGCUGGUGCCGCUGGUCUCGCCGGUGCCGCUCACUCGUCUUCGGCGGCCGGCGUUCCCGCGAGCGCGCAGGGCGAUGGCUCCGCAUCGGCCUACACGACUGCCAACGGCUCGCAGGCUCCGGGUGCAAUUGUGGCCGGUACGGGCGCAACCGCCGUCCCCGCCGCCGCCGCCACCGGAAACGGUAACGGAGCUGCACACCUCGACGAGUCGUCGCUUGCUGCCAAGCCGGCGCCUGCGAUCAACGGUGCGGCGAUCCAGCCUGUCAACCCGGCGUACGAGGCAGGCACCAUCACCAAGUAA